AUGCUCUAUUACGCCGGGUUGACCUCCCGGUUGGGAAAUGUCGAUGCUGGAGACACAGUGACGGAUUUUUUACCGGCAGAACGGGAACGAGGAAUCACCAUCCAGUCCGCAGCGAUUACUUUUGGCUGGAACAAAGCCACAGUCAAUCUUAUAGACACUCCUGGCCACGCGGAUUUUGGGUUUGAGGUAGUGAGAUCUCUGCGUAUUUUGGACGGUGCAAUCACGGUUCUUGAUGCAGUAGCCGGCGUCGAGGCCCAGACGGAAAAAGUGUGGGCCCAGGCGAGCGAUUUGAACAUUCCAAAAAUUGUGUAUAUCAACAAAAUGGAUAGAGCGGGCGCUGGAUUUAGUCGAACGGUCAGGGAGGUGGUCUCCAAGCUCAGGACCCCAGUUGCCCUCGUGAACAUACCUUAUUUCCGUGAUCACGAGUUCAAAGGAGUCAUUGAUGUGUUUUCAAAGUCGGUCAUUCAGUGGUCCGGUGACGGCAAGCAUGUGGAAGUUUCACCUGCUUCGGAAAUUGGUCCAGACGUUGCCAAAGAGGCUCAAGCCGCCAGGGAUGCUUUGGUCGAUUCACUUUCUAUCGAUGAGGAGGUUGUUGACGCUUUCUUGGAAGCUGAAGAGGACUUUGAUGCUGUACCAAGCGACCUAUUGAAACGAGCGUUGGCAAGAUUGACUCAAAGUAAUCAAAUUGUUCCUGUGCUUUGCGGAUCAAGCUUUAGAAAUAUUGGUGUCCAGCCUUUACUGGACUCUGUGGUUGAGUAUCUUCCCCCACCCAAGAUAGAAGCAGCUCCCCAAAACACUAUGCAAGCUCUAGCCUUUAAGGUCCGCUAUGAUCCGAUCCGAGGACCGUUGGUGUACGUCCGGGUUUACACUGGGACUUUGAAAAGAGGCAGCACUGUUUUGAAUACAACUACGCAGACCAAAGAAAAGACUACAAAGCUAUUGCAGAUGCAAGCAGACCAGCCUAUCGAUAUUGCAGAGAUCCCUGCGGGGUCUAUUGGUGUGCUUGUGGGUACAAAGGACAUCAAGACGGGUGACACUUUGAUUGCCCACCCCACCAAAAAAGACGGUAUUUCUACCCUACCGCAAGACAUCAAAAAGACAAAGCUCAUGCCUAUUGAAAUCCCUGAGCCGGUGUUUGUCUCGCGAAUUACUCCGGUCAGCGUAGCAGACAUUCGAAGUAUGAAGGCUGCGUUGGACAUUUUGCUUCGUGAGGAUCCCUCGCUUAAUUUGUCGUAUGAUGACGAGACUGGUCAGUGGCUUUUGGCUGGCAUGGGUGAGUUACAUUUGGAAAUUGCUCGGGACCGCCUUGUUCAAGACCUCAAGGCCAAUGUUGAGGUAGGAGAGAUCAUGAUCACCCUGAAGGAAACCCUCGCAGGGUCUGCUAAUGGAUCAGCUAAACGCGAAUCAGACAACGGGUCGGUAUCUGCUGUUGUUGAAAUUGAACCGCUUGUCGAACAGGAGGGCUACAAACUCACGGAUUCCAACGUUUACAGCGUUCGCCAUCCCCGUCACCCCGUACUCAGCAACGAUGAAAUUGCGGCUGCAGUUGGAGUAGGAAUUACGCCGGUGCUUGCAUCGGGCGGUAAAGUUGGUCGACGCGCUCUUUUCGAGUUGAAUUUUUCUGUCAAGCUAGAUCUCGCUCCAGAGCUACAGUCGACAGAUGCCAUUUCUGCCGCCGUGCGAGAAGCCUCGCUCGAAGCUCUUGCCAGUACCCCACUAGGGCAAUUCACUCUUCUAGAGCCCGUGAUGAAAGUUGCCAUUACUGUUCCGAAAACUGAAAUGGGUACGGUCAUGACUGACCUGUCGUCAAACCGAAGAGGACACAUUCUCGGACUCGGAGACGAAUCUACUGCUUCAGACGAUAAAUUCCAGCAGAUGGCAAGCUCAAUGUACGCUCCGACUGAUCACACAAUGUAUUUGUCCAAGCACGAGGAGCAGCAAGCACAACCUGCUGUUCUUCAUGCGCAUGUUCCCCUAAGAAAAAUGGUCGGCUACUUGACCUCUUUGCGAAGCAUCACCCAAGGCCGCGGCACUAUUCAAAUGACUUUUGCCUCGUUCGAGCCGGUCGAGAGUCGCGACAUCGAUCAAGUGUUGACCCACUAG